AUGGCCGCACAACAGGAGGAAGAAGAUGCGUCGCUCUUGAGGCUGGGACUUGAUUUCCAAAAUGCAAACUGCUUGCUCAACUCGGAGGUCGCCAUUCUUUUGGAGCAUCGACAGCAGACGGCUGCAGUGCAAGAGGAGGGAGAGGCCGAGCUCUCCAAUGUGUUCCUCAAGACCUUGUCGUACGUGCAGCGGUUUAGCCGCUACAAGACCAAGGCUGCCGUGAAGGAAGUGCGCAGCCUGCUCACGGAGAAGGAGCUGGAGGAGUUCGAGAUCGCCGCGCUCAGCAACCUGUGCCCGGAGACUGCCGAGGAGGCCAAGUCACUCAUCCCGUCGCUGGCCAAGCGAUUCGACGACGAGGAGCUCCAGAGCGUGCUCAAUGACCUUGCCUCCUUCAGGCGAUUCGAAUGA